CUAUGUUGACGAGCAAAACGCGACUUUACUUCCAUGAUCACUGAAUUUCCCUCAAGUAGUCUCGUUCCACUCUGCUUACAGCCAUGUCUGUUGUCGAAUACCGAUUUAUCCUGUAUCAGUUUGGCGAGGAAAUCGAUUGGCAAACUCAACGAAGAAAGUUGAUAUUUAUUCUUCGAGCUUUCCUGCCUGAUUGCUCCGAAGAAGGUAUCACUGACAUUGAUUCGUUACUCUCUAUGCUGGAGGAGAAGAAUAUUCUUGGAAUUGAUCGCCUUAAUGUGAUGAAGGACUUGCUAAAGGGGAUAAGAAAGUGGGACCUUCUUCGCAGAGUAGAGCGAUUUGAAAUGAAGAGAAAGGACUACAAACAGUUACUGGAGCAGAUAAGUCGCGCACUCGACGAGUCCAAUGAACUGCAACGACUCAUUUCGAUCUGUAGAGGAAAAAAUCUGAUAGCUCUUGAAAGAGAAGAAGAUAUCGCAGAUGUCAAUGCAAUGUUCACAAUACUAGAACAACAGAACAAAUUGGGGAUAGAAGACCUCACUCUCCUGAAAACCUUAGCAAACGAGAUGGAGAAACCAGAUUUGUGCAGACUACUAGAGGAGUUUGAGAAGAAGAGAAAACAGGAAGAAGAUGCGGAGCGGGAAAGGGAAGAGAGGGAGGACAAUAUACGAAAAGCAAGAGCUCAGGCCACUUCUGUUCUUUCUGGUGGAAUAAACAUUGGCGAAAGAUUAAUAGGAGUUGUCACGCCUCACUGUACUUUUCGCAAUGCUGCUGGUAGUGCUGUGGUCGUCACUACAUGGAUGGUACUUCGCAGGAGUCCAAGUAUGGAAGAAUUUGUCAAUGCUUUCAAAGAAGCUGUUCUUCCACUUGGAAACUGCUUGCGUGCAAUUAGUGAAGGAUCGAUCCGAUUUACGCUUCAAGCAGAAAAUAUUUCCGCUCUCGAGGCACUGUGGCAAAGAUACCAGAACGAAACUCUACAGACAGAAAUGCAGAAGUUUCUUGUUACUGAGGAAAUAAAGCAGCUGGCAGGUGGUGAGGUGACGUUGACUGUACACAUCGACGAGGAAGAAUACAGAAAUGCCAUGUGUGAUUUUAUAAGAUCAGGAACAGAAGGGACUUUCGAAAAUAAAACUCUUAAUAAGGUUCUGAGAUUUCACAGAGCAAUCAAUUGCAAUCUGAAGUCAAUUUGA